CGUGCUGUAUUGUUGCGAUAGUUAAACCGUAAAGGAAUUCUAUGCUGCAUUUCGAUUCGCUAAUGCCAUGCAAAGCACGACACUGUCAACUGCGGCAACUGCUGACAGGCGGAAUGGAUUCAGCACAAGUGACGACGACCCUUCGCAGGUCAUCCUCAGCCUCGCGUGGUCAUCAAGAAGGUUUGGAGCUGCUUAUUAUGACAGCAGCACAUGCAAAAUGUACCUUAUUCCUGACCAAGAUGAUCUACCACCAGUACACUCCCUCUUGUUCUCAGUGCUGCAAGAAGUGAGACCGUCUUGUGUUCUGCUAAGUGCCAAAUCCGAUGAGAAGCUGAUGAAAGCCAUUAAUGAUUUCCUGUCGUCUGAUAAUGCCUCGUCGGAUACGAGGUCCUAUGACAAGGAGGUUAUCCGUACCCUUCCUUUCAAGGACUUUGCAUAUGAACCCAGCAGGCAUAGGCUUCUGUAUAUGACACUACCUGACAUGCCGAGUGGACUCUCUGACGAGGCACGCUUUGUCUUCAUGGCAUCCUUAGUGGAUUUUAAUGCCAUUGCCAUGGUUAGGUCUGCCGGGGCCUUGUUAAACUAUCUUGGUCAAUGCAAGCUUGAUUGCCUCCAAAGCUCGCAGGACGGCCAUCUGAUUCGAGGCAUUGUGACAUGCAGCUUGAAAGAUCGCAUUCGCGUCAGCCAAACAACACUCAGCUGUCUGCAGAUAUUCAAGGAAGAGUGGCAUCCUUCUGUCUACAAAUUUGGCAUUGCUGGCAAGGAAGGUCUCUCCUUGUUUGGGCUGUUCAACCACUGCAGGUCAAAGGUUGGAGCAAGGGAGCUGAGAAAGCUCUUUUGCCGACCCACAAGAGACCUAAGUAUCCUCCAGUCACGGCAGGCUACUGUCGCCUAUUUCACUGUUCCACACAACCAACCCAUUGUCAGCAGCUUGCGAGAAUGCUUGGCAAACGUCAAGGAUGUGUCGGGGAUUCUCAUGCGAAUGAGCAAAGCGGCUGCCACUGUCAAUGAAUGGAAGGCAUUCUACAAGACUUUUGUAAAUGUUGUUGCCAUCAUUGGCAUUUGCCACUCCAGCCUUUCGUCUGAAUGCAGCAUCGACAUCCUUGUGAAGAUGACGUCUCUACAAAUCGAGGACCUUCUGAGGAUCACUGCCCUCAUCAAGAAAACACUUGACUUUGCGGAGUCACAGGCCGCAGAGCGGUUUGUCGUCAACAGGGGCAUUGACAGCACACUUGACGAGAAGAAGCGUGUUUACAACGGCCUUCCUGACCUCCUGACCCGCAUUGCUUAUGGAGAGCUUGAGAAAUUGGACCCCGAGAUCACAGAUUGCCAGGUUGUUUACUUGCCACAGAUUGGCUAUCUGCUCACUAUUGCACAAGGUGCACCAGGAACUGACCAGCCUGGUCUCCAGUUCAUGUUUUCUUGUGACAACAAAAGCUAUUUUAAGACAGGAACAAUGAAGACUCUUGAUGGGCUCUUGGGUGAUACCCUUUAUGAGAUAAUCGAUAGGGAAACAGAGAUCAUGCACAAAGUUCAGAACAUGAUCCUCGAGGUGGCAGAGUCAUUCCUGGAGGCUGUCUCCGUCUGUGGGGAGCUUGAUGCACUACUCUCCCUUGCCCUGGUUGCACGUGAGCACAACUAUGUGCGGCCCACCCUCAACAGCGAAACUUCCAUCAUCAUCAAUAAUGGAAGGCAUCCUCUGGUUGAGAGUGCAGGCAACAGCUUUGUACCAAAUACAUUCUCUAGUGGUGGCCCUCACUCUAAGAUCAAGGUCAUCACCGGUCCCAGUAACUGUGGGAAGAGCAUCUACCUCAAGCAGGUUGCCUUGAUAGUUUACAUGGCUCACAUUGGAAGCUUUGUCCCAGCAGAGUCUGCACAGAUUGGAGCUGUGGACGCCAUUCUCACUUGCAUGUACUUGGAGGAGUCGCUGCUACAUGGGUUGUCGUCCUUUGGUAUGCAGCUCAAUCAGAUGUCCCACAUCUUUCAAGAAAGAAGUGGGAAGUCACUUGUCAUUAUGGAUGAAUACGGCAAGGGGACCAAAGUGGCCAACGGCAUUGGACUUCUGGUUGGCACGAUCGAAAGCUUCAUUAACGACCCAGCAACUUGUCCCCACACCCUGCUGGCCACUCACUUUCACACACUACACAACCACCUCCCAGCCAGGCCACACGUCACGUACCUGACCUUUGAAAGCAUUCGCCACGAAGGUGAACUGGUGUACUUGUACCAGCUCAAGGAAGGCCGCGCCAGCAGCAGCUAUGCCAGCCUGGUUGGCCAAGCAGCAGGCCUCUCGAAUGACAUUGUUCGACGACAGCAGCAGAUCACACACGCCUUCAGUUCAAAGAGAAAGUUGCUACCCCAGCUGAUGACUCGGAAGGAGCCUGUGUGGAACAAAGCAUUGCCUUUGGUCCAGAUGCUCUUGGAUACUGACCUCUCUACUCAAGAAGGAGCUGAAGAGCUCCUCAAAGAUAUGGCCACAGCUCUCAACUGACUUGGAGUUCAGCGAAACCUGUAUAUAUCCUUCAGAAGCGCGUAGCCACAGCUUUUGACAAGAUGCAGAGUUGCACCAUGUUUUUUCGUGUUGGCAACUGUGUGAAGGAUGUUUUCAUAAUUGCAGUAUGCUUGCGAAAAAAGGUUUAGAGGGCGUUUUCGAAUAUGACAUUGGGAACAGCUUCACUUUCUCUCUUAAUACCUAUCGGACAAUAAUCCUUCAUUUUAUUGGGAUAGCAGUAUUUGGGCCAUUUGUAUAUGCUUUAUGACAUUUACAGGUGGUCCUUACCUAUUUUUGCCCCUUCAUGAUGCCCCUUACAAGGAAUGUGCGCUGUAAAAUCUGUGUGAUAAUUUUUUUUUUUUCUGGUCAACAAAUCUUGUUCAAUAAAGUAUACUGCAGGGCCAACAGUUCUGGCAUAAUAUCUAAUAUUCUGACUGCUUCGUACAUGAUAAACGAAGUCUCAACAAGAUUGGGUGCUUUUUUAAAGGAAGUGUCAAGGUUUUUUGUUUAACUGGAAAGUACUGAUAAUUUUACCUAAACUAAUAGUUGAUUACCUUUAUGGGAUUGCGAAUAUAGUCAAACCUCGUUACAACGAAGUCGCAUCGUACACGAAAAUACCUUCAUUAUAUCUGAUAUUCUUUAUAAGCAUACAUGCCAGUAUCUGCAAAAACAAAAUCGCAAUCAGGUCUAUGCGUAAGAAGUGCAAAUGGGGCGCCUCCGACGUGCCAACAAGAAGUCUCCUGCGGAUUUCAAUGACCUGUUGACAUCAUGCCAUGCCGAUCCGAGGCACGGGAACCGCAAUAAAUUACGUACAUGUGCUCUGCAUCGCCGCGAAUAUGCAAUCGUGCAAUUGGUGUUAUCAUGCAGGAUUUGCACGUUGUCUUGCCAACUGCAUGCGGUCCAACCAAGCCAAGCCGCUGGCCAAAACGUGCACGCCGCCGACAGACCUUUUGGUGCUUUCGGGCACUGUAGGGGACCGCAUGUGGAUUCAUGCUCUGCUACUACGGCCGUCAGUCGAACGUGUGUCUCUGACCUCGUGCUCAGUCGCCGAUAAGGCCUACGAGUACGAACAUUAGGCUUAGGCCGCUAGGCCUAACUAGCGCCACUCAGCUGGCAACCACAGUUGUGGUUUUGUGCCAUCGACAUGCCGGCAACUUUGUUCAUGGCCACCAUGUUUGCGGCAUCGCAAACAUCACCUGAAAGAUUGUGCGGUGUAUGAAAUUUCGGUUAUUGGCACUGUACAGCACGACCAUCUUUAAGUUUCCUGGAAAUUCUAAAAAUCGCCUGUUGCAGAUAACAUAAUUCUCGAAACUGGUGUUUAUCUUGAUACUGGUGUCAUACUGGAGAUUGAUUUCUGGUGGAUAUGUCUUGCAAACUCCCCUGCUACAAUUUGUUAAUUGCAUUGUGCUGUAAUGCAAUUAAGAAGGUGAGUUGUUUUUUAAUUAGUUUAAUGCGUGUUUCGAUUUUUCUUGCUAGUAAUGUCUUUCUCUUCGAAUAAUUCAGUCAAGGGCAAGAAAUAUGCCAUCUUCCACAGGCAAUUUUUUAAAUUCUAUUGAAAAUAAAAAUGAUCACCCUGUACACUGGGUCCUAGGGGUAAGUAGUGGUGCGGCAGGAAUCGUACAGGUCCGAAAAAUCAGGUGUCUAAGAAAUUUAUUGGCUAUUGUAUUUGAUGUUUUUGAAGCCAGAGUAUGUAUACAUUGUGAGGCACAUGCAAACAAAAAUUUGCUUUGCUAUAAGCAAUGCCAUGCUGGAUACAUUUUCAAUUUUGUUAUACCAUUAAAAUACUGCACUGAAAUAAAGCAUGGCCAAUCAAAUUUAUUUUCCGAUAAUUCAUUGUAUCUAUGUUUGUUAUAUUGAGGUUCAACUAUCAGUUUUGCUCGAAGGUGCUUAGUAAGCCAGAAAGAAUAGAAGACGUACUGGUGGCGACACCAACUUGGAAUGCUGCCAUCACCUGCCUGAGAAAGCUACAUUUUGGCAGCACCAUUCAGCACCAAUCAGCUUGCUGAUUUAUGGGGAAAAGAAAAGGAUGUACAUUGCAUUUGAAAGCAAACCAAAACUUAACCUGGCAACAUUUUUGCAUUUUUAUGCACAAAAAGGGCCCAUAGUCAUGAAAAACUGUGAAAUCUCUCAUGUAACAUUAGCAUUAUUGAGUAUCGCAAUUUGGCCGCAAAAUGCAGCGGAAAUCUUGCUUGUGUGGUUUCUUUUUGUUUCAUAAUAAGCCUUUUUUCUACUAAAUGAAAAGCAUAAAUAAGUUUUGGAAAAUAGCUAUCAUUCCGACCAAAUUGACUUUAACUACAUGCUACAGCAUUGGGUUACACAGUUCUUUAAAAAAGGAAAUACCAAUAUACCGUUGAGAUACAAAAUACUAUUACACAGAUCCCACUACAAUAUGGGAAUCUAUGUUAAUGCAAGGUAUUCAGUUGCACAAUGCAUAUGAAUGACUUAUAUGUUUUCAUUUUUUUGUGUGCUUCACUUGUGUAUAGCCCAUCUAAUUGCUCAUGCCGACAGUUGUGUCUCCUUGUGGCAAUUUGCGAUUGCUCAAGACAACAUGACACCAUGCCAGACACAUAUUUUGAGCGAUGCGUGAAAUGUGAAAACUCCUAAUGUUGAUGCGUGAGUGACAACAAUUCAAGACAUAUUUGUUACUAUAUUCUUGGCGGCAUCGUGUUCUCACUCUGCUUUGGUUUCGACAGCGGUGUGAGCACACUUCCAUUCUCGUUUUGUUUUUAGCUUCCGUUUUCUCUCCUGUUUGUUUUGACUUGCAGUGCGACGACAUUUAGCAGCAGUACGACGACACUUGUGUGAUUAAACUUCUCCCAUAGUUUGGGAUCGCUUGGGGCCACAGUACCAGAAUAACUGCAUGCCCUCCGAGUGCCCAGUAUAUCAGAAGUAGAAUGUAUAAUGCUAUCUGGAAUACAGUGCACAACACAGAGAACGAGGGAGAACCUGCUCACACGCUUGUGGUGCUGAAGGACGUGGAGGCUACCCGGACGAACAACUACAGAACAAAACCUGAGGAACAUUCCUUAAUUUAGCUUUCAAUUUAUGUAUUAGUGAUUAUUGCAUACUAGAUAGGUAGAGGGGAGCAGCACAUUUUGCAGCUAUGUAUUCAGCUAUACUACGUAGAUUGUGUUGGGUGUCUUCACUGAUGGAAAAAAGCCCAUCCCAUAUACUUUGAUGAAAGUGAUAUAGAGGGUGUCCCAGCUAAAGGUAGCCAAUGUUUUAAAAACGACAGAAUGUGCUAGGAGGCUCAAACGAACUCAGUGGUGUUGAGGAUUGCGUGUCCUAGUCUGCGGUAUUUUUUUUUCGUUUUGCGAGGUCAAUUAAUUAGUAUAAACUAAUUGCCUAACUUUUAAAUAUUUGCUUCACCAAGAAAGUGCUAAUAAGAAAGUUGUAGACCACAUUAAAAAAUAGCCGACAGAAGUGUUUGCAACUAAGUACCAUUGAUGUAGCUUCUUGUAACUGCCUUUAAAGAAAGCCUGCAAUAUACAAAAACAACCAUGUGAUAGCACCACUAUUUCAACGCUCCCAGACGAUCGAUCAAGAAACUAAAUCCACAUAUCUGUACAGCGGUUCCAGGACGGGAUUGGCGUUUCAGGUGGCCGCAAGGUACGCGCCAGCAACUCUCGCUAGUAAGAUAUGAUCGUGAACGAAAAGAAAUGACAAUUGCGUUUUCCUUCCCGAUUAAACAGUUCUGUGGUCAACAUUUAGUCAAGCCCGAGCUUCUUUCUUUUUUUUUUUUUAUUGCCUUGCGCGUUCGGGCUUCAUUCCACAAGUGGAGCGAAUGAUGUGUUUAUGCCACGUCACGCCGAAGCAUGACACACCUUCAUCACCGCCGCUUGCUCUGUGCGCCCGAUCGUGACAGGGCACGCGAGUGAGUCGAAAAAAGCAUGCAAACAAUGUCCUUUACUGAUCAAUCGUCUGGGGGCGCUGAAAUAGGGGCACUAUCACAUG